AUGUCGCUGCGCCUCGCAUUAUGCUUUGUGCUCGUGCUUCAAGACGUCGCUAGGGCACCCUUUGUCCUCGACAGCGUGGGCGACUCCACCACCAUGCCUGGCGCGGAGGCGCCGCUUGCUCGCGCGCGUGUCGAUGCUCCGCCGCGCGCGGCGCCGCACCCGCGCACGCCACACGAGACGACAGGCUGCGUGCCACUCGCCGACACACGGCACGCGCACGUGUGGCGGCUCGCGGACUGCUUCGCGGUGUGCAGGCUGCCGACCACGCCGGAGGAGCUGGAGGUUCGGGCGCCAGAGGCGUGGGGCACCAGGCCGGGCACGGCGGGGCGGGCUCUGCACCUGCGAGAGCCGGGGCGGGCUCUGCACCUGCGAGAGCGGCGCGUCGAUGCGCUCGGCCUACUCUCGGCCGAGCGGCUGCACGCGCUGCCGGUGCUCGACGCAAGCGGAGCCCUCUUCGACGUCCUCUCGAGCCGCGACAUCAGGCAGCUCGCGUCCAACCCGGCGACCGACCUCGCCAUCCCUCUCGAGGAGGCGCUCCGCUCGCUGCCGCCCAAGGACAGCCGGGUACAGACGUGCGCCGUCAGCGACACCGUCGCCACCGCGAUCACGCGCCUCGCCGACCCCGAGGCGGCGCAGCUCGUCUGCCUCAACGACGCGGGCGCCGUCUGCGCAGUGGUCACCGCGUCGGCAGUCCUCGCCGCGCUGCUGCCUAGCUCGCCGCCGCACCACGGAUGAGCUCUCGCCGCACUGAGCUGGGCCGGCGGCGCCGCGGACGCGCCGGGGCUUUUGUUGCAUCGCACCCCAACGCGCCUCGGCAUUUGUUGCGGCUUGCGCGCGCUUCGAUCCGUCGUUGCCCCUCGCUAGCGAUCACAGCCGCAGGGGGGCCGUGUCCGUGCGCGCCUGUCGCCGCCCGCGGUCGGGCGGGAGAGGGCGUGGACUGCGCGCGCUUUUUGAGUUCGAGCCGGGGUAGGGACUCGAAUUCACAAGGUUCGCGUGAC